AUGCCUGGAAAGCGACGAUUGAAUUCAGGGUCAUCCCCAACCCAAUCUUCCGAAGAGAUGAAGGAGAGUCGAAAUCAUCGUCACUUGAACGGCACACCUUCUGUCAUUAUGCCAUCGGUAGUGUCGGUGGACUCUGUUAUCACAUUGGAUUCCGAUGAGGUUUCUUCUCAGUUAUCGGGCCGAUUGGGACGCUCCUCCUCCUUUAUUCGACAAUUGGCACCCUUAGACGAUGCUGAUUUACGAACCAAUGCCGCCAUCCAAGAGCUCACCCUCAACAAACUGCGGUUUGAUUCCGUGGGCCUCAUUGGUCGAGAAGAAGAACUUGAAAUCUUAAAGUCUCUUCUUAGGAGAAUGUUGCUGACAACAACAUCAACCACAAGUUCUUCGGAAGAAGAAGAUGAUGUCAAAAGAUUUGGAGUCUUUAUUGAUGGACAUAGUGGAGUUGGAAGGACAGCCUUGCUGGCAUCAGUAAAGCAGGAAGCUUUGGACUUGUGUCCUACUGUGACGAUUGGGGAAGGAAAAUUCGACAUUACAAGUUCCAAUGUCCCCUACUCGGCCAUCACUACUGCCUUUGGUAACAUCUGUGACAACAUUAGUCGCCAACAACAAGCAAAGACCACAGAUGAUAUUGGCCAAAUACUACUGGAAGAGGUCGGAGAAGACAUUCAUUUAUUGGCGCAACUCAUCCCACAGCUCGAUUUGAUUCUUCCCUUUGAGGUUCAGUCCGUUCGAAAAGCACGGAUCGAGAGCUUUGAUGUGGAAGCCGCACGAACCAAAUUUGAACACGCCUUUCGUGUCAUGACCCGUGUCAUGAGCUCCUGCUGUGGUCCAUUGAUUGUCUUAUUAGAUGAUUUGCAGUGGGCUGAUGUAUCGUCGCUCAACGUCAUUGACUUUUUAAUGUCGGAUACGGGCAACGAACACAAAUUCAUGAUUAUUGGAUGCUUCCGAUCCGAGGAAGUUAACGACAUCUCACAUGUUCUGACUCGCAGAAUUGAAGGACUGAAAGAAAAGCAAAACAGAUUCAAGUUCCACAUUACGAACAUAUCGUUGACGAAUCUUGAUCUAGACGGAGUGAACCACCUGAUCAUGGCACUUCUAUCAAUAACCGAUGAGACUCGGACUCAAAGUUUGGCAGAGGUUUGCUUCAAGCGAUCCAUGGGCAAUCCCUUUUUCGUGAUCGAGUUUGUGUCUCUGUUGGAAGAAGAACGGCUACUGUCAUUCAAUCUUGGUACCCUAGAGUGGGGAUGGGAUUCAAGUGUCAUUGACCAAAGGACAAUGUCGACCGCUAAUGUAGUGGACUUGGUACGAUCGAGAAUGAAAAAGCUGCCACAAUCGACACAGCUGUUAUUGCAAUAUGCCGCAUGCCUUGGGCAACGAAUAAAGUUUGAUAUUCUCUACUAUCUAUGGGCAAAGUUGGACACCCCCGAAGAGGAUCUGGCGAGUUUGCUGGCGCAAUUAGUCAAAGCAAACUUUUUUGAGAAGGUGGACAAUCGAACCUAUCGGUGGGUCCACGAUCAAGUCAAGGAAACGGCGCUCAUGACAGGUGAUGCGGCGGAGCCAGCCUUUCAGUUUGAAGUCGGAUGCACACUGUAUCAUGCGCUGGACAAUGACGACUUGGAAGAUCUUCUGUUUGAGGUUACUGAUCUUAUCAACACUGCCAAAGUUGGAAGGCGACUAGAGUUUGCCCAGCUCAACCUCCGUGCCGGAGAAAAGGCCAAAAAGAUAUCUGCUUUUAAUUCUGCCUCCAAAUUCGUCGCCAAAGGGAUUGAGCUGCUACCAACAGAUGCCUGGGAGAAUCACAAGGAUCUCACGUUACGUCUUCACAUUAUUGGCGUUCAGAUGGAAUUGGCCGUAGGCCGGAUUGAAAUCAUGGAAAAGUAUAGUAAAGCAGUACUAUCACAGACGUCCUGUACGCCUGUUGAGAAAGCUCCAGUAUACCUUGCACAAUGCUACGAACUUGCAUCUGUGAGCCUAAACUCUUCCGCUUCCAUCAACCUCGGAUUGAAGGUUCUGCGGAGGGAGUUUGGAAUGAGAUUUGGGGGGACGAAGUUACUGCGCCCUGCGAUAGCAAUUAAAAGUCUACUGAAAACAAUCAAGGCUGUCAAGCGCAAGGACAAGGAAUUUUUUGAGAAGUUGGGAGAAAUGACAGACCCUUCGCAACUUGUCAUUAUGGAUAUCAUAUCAAGGAUCAGUUAUUCGGGAUACUUUGCAAAGGAUGUGUUCAUUCAAGUCUUGUGCACCGUCAAACUUGUCGACCUAACGAUGGAACAUGGCACUGGAGCACUCGGUGGAUUUCCUUUCAUCUCAUUGGGCCUGCUUGCCAUGGCAGUAAUGAAAGACAAUGAGGCCGCAGCGCAAUUUACACAACUCGGGUUCAUGCUACACGCGAAAUGCAAGAGCGAGACUGCCACGUCGGCGGCCAUCUUCGUCGCAAAUCAACUCAUCUAUCCAUGGAUGAGGCCCAUCCAAUUAGCUCGCCCGGAACUGGAAGUUGGAUACACUUCUGGAAUGAGAGCAGGAAAUAGCGAGAUGGGCCUUUGGUGUCAUCUUUCGAAUCAUAUCGUCAUUCCUUAUCAAACGGGAAAGCCAUUGGAGUCCAUAUUGUCCAAGUGCUCUGCUCUUGCGGCGCAAUGCGAAGAAUUGAAACUGGCUCUCCACGAAAUCACUGUGAGAUUACACUGGCAAUUGAUACUUGAUCUCAUGGGGGCAUCGGAGAAAGUGGCAGUUUUGAAUGGCGAUAGUGUCAACGUGGAAAAGUGGCAAGAAUCAAAGGUCGAUCAGCAGUUCAAAGAAAUCAACGAGUUCGUCUUCUUGGGAGAAUACGAAGCUGCGGCGAGGGUUGCUCUGGAUCUUGGAGAUUCAUACGACAAGACACGCACAAAUAUGCCACAAGUCAUGCCGGUAAACUUCCUUCGUGCAUUAGCGAUGUAUACAAUGGCUCGACAUACUAGAAAGGGGAAGUACUUGCGCCAAGCGAAGCGACUUCGAGACAAGAUUGGGGGAUGGCUUAAGGCGGGGAACCCCAAUGUGAGCCACUUUUAUCCUCUUCUUUGUGCAGAGCAAGCAGCUAUUGACAAGAAGAAAGAAGAUGCCAGGCGGCAUUAUCAUGAUGCGAUAGUGCUGUCAGCAAGAACAGGCCACAUUCAGUAUGCAGCUUUGGCGAAUGAGAGGUAUGCUGACUUUUGUCGGAAUGAACUUGGAGACGAGGAUGAGGCUAGUUUUCGGAUCGAGGAAGCCAUUCGAUACUACAAAGAAUGGGGCGCACACGCAAAGGUUGAGCGGCUUCAAAGGAUAUAUGGAGACAGCAGAGACAACAGAACCCAGGCAACAGUGGGAACUUCGUAA